AUGACCACGCAAAAAGCAGUUGUUUCCUCUGGACCAGGCAAGGCAGAGUUGUCAACGAAUCGUCCCAUCCCAACCACCCGGCCUGGAUACGUCCUGGUCGAUGUGAAGGCGGUUGCACUAAAUCCAACCGAUUGGAAACAUAUUGACUUCAUAGCACCUCCUAACUGCGUGCUUGGAUGUGAUUAUGCGGGUGUCGUGGCGGAGACAGGUGAAGGUUAUGAUAAACAGUGGAAAGUUGGCGACCGUAUUUGUGGCUUUGUACAUGGAGGAAAUAGCCUGCAAAACGACGACGGGUCUCACCAAGAAAAACUCGUCGCCAAAGCUGAUAUUCAGAUCAGAAUCCCCGACAGCCUUACAUUCGCAGAGGCUGCGACGCUCGGAGUAGCAGCCAUCACGUGUGGACAGGGCCUUUUCCAGUCACUAGGAUUAAACUUCCCCAACAAUCCUAAGAACGACGGUGAGCCAAUCCUGAUUUAUGGUGGAAGCUCAGCAAUGGGUACAAUGGGUGUGCAACUGGCCAAACUGGCGGGUUACAAGGUUAUAAGCACCUCUUCCCCUAGUAAUUUUGCACUUGUCAAAUCAUUUGGGGCGGAUGAAGUUUUCGAUUACAGCGACCCGGAUUGUGCAUCGAAAAUCAAGGAUUAUUUGAACGGAAAACCUCGGCUGGCCUGGGACUGCAUCUCUCUCGAGGGCUCAGCGAAGAUUUGUGCGGACGUUCUAAGCGGUGAUGGUGUAUAUGGUUCGUUAUACCCGGUCGCAUUUCCACGAACAGAUAUCCCCCACAAAUUCACGCUUGGAUAUACCUGCUUUGGUGAACCCGUUCACAAGAAUGAAACCAAGAUCAAUGCCAAUCCCGAUGACUUUGUAUUCAUGAAGGAAUGGAUCAAAGUUUUUGAGCAACUUCUAGCAGACGGAAAGUUGAGUUUACACCCUCUCAAAGUCAACCAUGGACUCGAAAACGUUCUGGAUGGCGUAGAUCUACUACGCAAGAACAAAGUCAGUGGUCAAAAGCUUGUUUAUAUACUGUGA